AUUUUUUUAAAUAUGUAUAAGAAUGUGUGAGACAUAAAAUUAUCUGACUAUUAAUCUUAUCAGAUUAAGUAUGUUAUCUCUAUAGAUUUGAAGCAGUAUUAAGAACAGUACCUGUCAAAAUGAAUACUUUGAAGUUAAUUAUAAUUUUAAUGUGCUAUGAGUGUUUUGCAUCAGACGAGAAGCCUUACUGCUUUAAAUUUACUUGGCCAGGUUCAAGGUUUUAUAACAAUACUGCUAAUUUUAAUUGUACAGGGGGCUCAUAUAUUGGAGUGCCAUGUGUAGAACCAAUGAUAGAUGAUGAAUGGAUUUAUCCAAAUACGACUAAAAUGUAUUUAGAACAUAAAGAUGAUAAUAAAAAUGCUAAAGAUUCAUAUUUGUGUCCUUUACAAAAAGGCUUGACAUGCAUUAAAUAUACCAAUACUUUCAAUAAUGCAAUUAUAUUCGCUUCCCAUUAUUGUGGGAGAGUACUUGAAGAUAAAGAAACACCUAUUUCAUCAGGAUGUUACAAUUACGAAGUUAAUGGUCAUAUAAUUGAAGUUUGUGCUUGUCAAUCAAUACCAGGACAAGAACCAUGUAACAUAGCAAUAAAACAGAUUGCUUCUAUUUUAAUAUUAUUUCCUAGUAUGAUAAUAUUAUUUUAUUAUUUUUAUAAUGUAUAA